AUGGCUUCCAGCAAGGUCCAUGUCUUGGCGGUUCCAGCGGCCGUGCAAGGCCAUAUCUCCCCAAUGAUGCAUCUCUGCAAGUUCAUCGCUCAAGAUCCAAGCUUCACAAUCUCCUGGGUCAAUAUCGACAGCCUCCACGACGAAUUCAUCAAGCACUGGGUGGCGCUGGCGGGGCUGGAAGAUCUACGCCUCCAUUCCAUCCCAUUCUCAUGGAAGGUCCCGCGAGGAAUCGACGCCCAUGCUUUGGGAAAUAUUGCGGACUGGUCCACGGCAGCUGCGCGAGAGCUCCCCGGAGGCCUCGAGGAUUUGAUCCGCAAGCUUGGCGAGGAGGGCGAUCCGGUCAGUUGUAUUGUCUCGGAUUACAGUUGCGUUUGGACCCACGAUGUGGCAGAUGUAUUUGGAAUCCCCAGUGUCACUCUUUGGUCGGGCAACGCGGCAUGGACGGCAUGGAAGAGAGCUUCUGCGGAGGAGGCCAAUUCCGUGAUCAUCGAUUACGUCCGAGGAGUCAAGCCUCUCCGCCUGGCCGAUGUGCCUGAUUACCUGCUGGCCUCUGAGGGCCAGGAGGUGUGGAAGGAGAUUUGCAUCAAGCGCUCUCCAGUCGUGAAGCGCGCGCGAUGGGUCCUCGUCAAUUCCUUCUACGACCUCGAGGCGCACACCUUCGAUUUCAUGGCCAGCGAGCUCGGGCCUCGAUUCAUCCCCGCGGGGCCACUGUUCUUGCUCGACGAUUCCAGGAAGAAUGUGGUGCUUCGCCCCGAGAACGAGGAUUGCCUUCGCUGGAUGGAUACGCAGGAGCCUGGAUCGGUGCUCUACAUCUCGUUUGGCAGCAUCGCGGUGCUGAGCGUGGAGCAAUUCGAGGAGCUCGUGGGAGCUCUCGAGGCAUCAAAGAAGCCAUUCUUGUGGGUGAUUCGAUCCGAGCUCGUGGUCGGCGGACUCUCCACCGCAUCUUACAAUGGAUUUUACGAGAGGACCAAGAACCAGGGAUUCAUCGUUUCCUGGGCGCCACAGCUGAGAGUUCUCGCCCAUCCCUCCAUGGGAGCGUUUCUCACUCACUGCGGAUGGAAUUCUGUCCAGGAGAGCAUAGCGAAUGGCAUUCCAAUGCUGGGGUGGCCUUACGGGGGCGAUCAAAUCACCAACUCGAAGUUCGUCGUGGAGGACUGGAAGAUCGGGGUUAGAUUCUCCAAGACAGUGGUGCGGGGAUUGAUCGGGCGAGAAGAGAUCGAAGAUGGCAUAAAAAAAGUGAUGGAUAGCGACGAGGGGAAGAAGAUGAAGGAGAGAGUGGAGAACUUGAAGAUCCUUGCAAAAAAAGCUAUGGACAAAGAGCAUGGGAAAUCGUUUCGUCGCCUCCAAGCAUUCUUGGAAGAUCUCAAAGCUUUGAGCUAAAGCAGUGAAAUCCAGUUUCUAGCAUGGAAUGCUAGAGAUCUACAUGCCCAUUAGCCCAGACAGGAUUGGAAAAGAUUUGGGCUCGUUUGCUAGUGGAUGCGCCACUCU